CAAUGAAUAUAAAGAAUGUUGAUAUGGAAACAAAAAAAAAUGGAAAGCAGUUAGAAAAAAUUUUGAAGAAUGAUGAAUUCGAGGAUGCAUUUGAUGAACUACAAUUUGAAGAUUUGAAGAAAGAUGAUGAACCAAAAGCAAAGCAAAAGAUUAAAAUUAAUAAUCCAGUAAAUACGAUUAGAUUAAUUGAUGCAAUUAAAAGUAAACUUUAUUAUAUGAUAAAUGUUUAUUAUGAAGAUUUAGAGCUUGAUGGUCUUGUUACUUUACUUUUAGAUCCACAUUGA